GUGCGGUGAAAUCCGGAUGCGCUGGUCCUGCAUGGGGCGGUCACGGAGGGCGUCGAAGGGAGGCGAUGCACAUCCUGGACAGAUGCCUCGUCCUGCAGCACAGAGCCCUGUGGAGACCCCCGCCAGCUUCUCCGAUGCGCCCCGCUGCUGAGCCACCCACGGCCUUGGGCGCGCAGUGAGGGGUGAAAGGGAAACCACAGCCGCUGCCUCCACCACGGUCUCUGCUCUCUGCUCCCCUCUCGCCGAGCCAUGGAGGCCACCGACGUGCCGGUGGGGAACCUCAUUGACUUUGACUGCGAAACGCCCGCCGAUGUCCCUGCUGCAUCCCCUCCCGUGCCCCCUCCCAGCGGCCCCGGGCUGCUGGAAGACCCCGGGGACCCAGCGGGCGCCGGCGAGGAGAGCGAUGCCACGGAGUCGGCCGACAGCGAGAACGACAUGGGGGACUCGCCCAGCCACCCCAGCUGGAACAGCUACCGCCGCUCCUCCUCCAACGAGUCCUUCUCCUCCAACCAGAGCACCGAGUCGGCCAAGGACGAGGUGCUGGCGCAGCGCCGGGAGUUCAUGAGGCAGUACGUGGAGAAGAUCUUCACCGGCGGAGAGGACCUGGACCAGGAGGAGAAGGCCAAGUUCGGGGAGCUGUGCAGUGGCGAGAACGGCAAAGGCCGGGAGUGGUUCGCGAGAUACGUGAGCGCUCAGCGCUGCAACUCCAAGUGCGUCUCCGAGCAGACCUUCUACCGGCUGGUGCAGUCCUUCGCCGUCGUGCUCUUCGAGUGUCACCAGAUGGACGACUUCGGCCCUGCCAAAAACCUGAUGACCAUGUGCUUCACGUAUUACUAUGUCGGGAAAAUGCACACGCUGCCCUCGGAGAUGAAGGAGAAGCCCGUGGGGAGCAUCGACUCGUACCUGAAGUCAGCCAACAGCUGGCUGGCCGAGAAGAAGGACAUUGCGGAGAGGCUCCUCAAGAACACGUCGGCCAAGACCGAGAACGUGAAAGGCUUCUUCGGGGGGCUAGAGACCAAGUUCAUGGGCCGGAAGAGCGAGGACAUCGAGGACAAGCCCAAGGAGAAGCUGCAGAAGACAGUUUCCAUGCAGAGCCCCGAGGACGAGGAGGAGAAGAAGGGAGAGAAGAUCUACCUGUACAUGCACCUGAAGCAGCAGCCCAUCUGGCACACCCUGAGGUUUUGGAACGCGGCUUUCUUCGACGCCGUCCACUGCGAGAGGAGGAAGAGGUCUCCAACCACCAGAGGGAACGCUGGAGAGGAAGAGGAAAAGAGGGAGAAGUGGUGCCACAUGACCCAGGAGGAGCGGGACGACAGCCUGCGGUUUAACGAGAACAUCACUUUCGGGCAGCUGGGCACUUUCACUCACAACAUGCUGGCGUUCGGCCUGACCAAGAAGCUCUGCAACGACUUCUUGAAGAAGCAGGCGGUGAUCGGCAAUCUGGACGAAGAGCAAUACAAGCUGCUGAGUGACCACAUCGAGCAGAUGGCUACGGAGUAGCCUUGCGGUUGGUACCCAGGCUCCACAGCAAGGCAGAGAGGAGCGGCUGGCGCGAGGAGCCCUCCUCUGGGACCAGCCCGGGCUGCGGCCGGGCUCUUUACAAACCACUGCAAUAAACCCGCAUGAUUGUCAGCAAACCUUCGAGCCGUGCCCUGCCACCCGUAGACGUAGCAGCGCCGACCAAACCCACCGUCUUCGGAGCCUCCUCCCCUCCAGAGCAGCUCCUUCCCAUCUUCUCUGAGUAUCGCGUGUGUCCAGAGUCGCCGCUGAAGAUCCCCCGUGCAUUUGUGUGCGCUCAGGGGAGGAGCCGUCUUGCUGUAGCCCCUUCUCCCGAGACGAGCCCCGGUCCUGCCCCUGCUGCUGAGAACUUCCCGGUGUUCCCCUGACGUGACCGCGUCCGUAGCAAGCCGUGCUUGAAGGGACUGCUGGCAGGCAGGGGCGAGUGUGUGCGUCUGAGCGCGCAGACGUGAUGAGUGGGCAGUAAUGUGGCAUCACCAGCUGCUCGCUGCUUUUUAAGGCUGGCACCGAGCGGCUGAUCCAGGUGGAAGCCAGGUCCCUUGCAACGGGCGGCAGAGCAGAGACCGAGGCAUGCAUGAUCCUUUACAGAGUGGGUGGGUGGAAAGUUGGAGGCCGAUGGCUGCAUCAGGCUAUUUGUGUUUGUAGGGCACCUUGGCAGAUUAGCAUCAGCUGAGCUACAAGCCGGAGAUGAGAGCAAUCAGUCCUGCCAUCUGGAUUGUCCCGCUGGCGCCCUAGUAUGGCGGGCCGACACGUCUUGCUUUUUUCAGUGCGGCAAGGACUUUUAAAAAGAAAUGGCUGGGGGUGGGGGGAUUCUUUAGGGACGUAAAUCUGAGGGCACUCGAGGAAGGGACCAGUUUUGGAGGUGCUGGAGCAAGUCUAGAGGCUGGGAGCUUCACUUGGCAUCAAACCCUGUUGCAACAGGGCAUCCAUCUGUAGGAAGGCUGGCAGCCCUGGCGGCUGUUCCCUAGAAGACAGGAGAGGUGAUCCAAGCCCCCCCCUGCAGCAGGAAGGUUUGUCACCCCAAUCCUUCAGCAGGAGCGAGGUUCUCCUGGAAAACCUCUGUAUUUUCUUUAGAGGGCCGAGCGUUUGCACCCAGGGGCCCAGGAGGUGAGUGUCGGGUCCUUGAGGGGCUCCUUGCUGCAGAUAGCCAGGCCAGGAAGUGUACCAGAAAACCCUCAUUGCUGCACAUGUCCUUAGCUUUCAUCUUCCCUGCUCACUAUUGCUUCCAGCCACCAGUUUGCUGUGGAUGCGCUUGGGCUUUGAAAACCCAUUUCCGGGUGCAGCCAGCAAGCCGGGAGGGGGGGGAGCUUUCCCCCAGGCCUGCUGGCUUUGUGUGCCUCUUCCAGUCCUAGUCUUGUUUUUGCAAAUCUAAUCAUCCCACACUCCUGCUCCCUGAGCCCUUCAGCAUCAACCAGCUUCGGCAGCUAGCCAGAAAAGGCCCCACUGCGAAUGCUCACUCGUGUCCCCUGCUUGAGUGACUCCAGUCUCUCUUGAUGCUGCUCAAUCAGUGCAGCAGGGCCCGCAGGCUUUGGUCUUUCUGAGGCACCAGCGGGUCUUGGAGGGCAAGGAUGGCAAAGCCAGUUCUGCAGGGUGGUGCAGGGACUGGGAAAACAGGGCACGAGUUGCUUGGAGAAAGUGAAGCGCUCUCAGCAUCGGGGCAAAACUGUUGCUGCGUCUCUUAAUGCAUUUGCGGGGGGGGGAGUCCCUCGUGUAGGCUGCAUUAGCAGAGCAGCCCGCAGCUCCCUAGAAAUGGAGGGAGCCGGAGCUGAGCAGACACCAGCUUUGAAUCACUAAGAUGACGUUCCCUGAGCUUUGCAUAGACCUGCCGUGUAAGGAGGUGGCUGUCACGCACCCAUUGAGUGUCUUCCUUUGUUUCGUGGCUGGAACGUAUUUUGCUAGCCUUCCUUUAAGGGGGGGCUGCCUUCCCAAGGAGAUGGGUGCGUGCAUGCACCAGCUGCCAGUCGAAGGAGCAGAGUAGGGUAUACUCAGCCCCCACACGUGCCAGGCUGGGAGGUGAGCAGCUUGGAGUUCGUUUGCUGUCCGGCUGGCUCAGCUUCUGCAGUCUGCUCCUCCGCUUGCCGCGCAGAUGAGCAGGGGGGGUGAGCUGGUUCCUGAGCUGGAGGAGUUGCUUCUGAAACAUCCUUGCUGUCUAGAAACAAGUCUUGAAUGAAUCUCUCUUGAGCACCGGGCGCCAGGGAGGCAUGCAGGGCAGAAGCGAGAGAGAGGCAUUCGACGGGAAUCAUCUCCCAGAUCUCCCUGGGCAUUUGCAAGUGUCUAAAGCCCCUUCUCAUUAAAAAGGAAGAGAAUUGAGCCCACCUCCCCACUGUCUGCCUCUACAGCUUAAUUCAGCACCCGGUAGCUAAUAACAUCAUCCCCGGAAGGGAGCUAUCCUGGAUCCAUUGCUCCCCAGAUUCUUUGUUAGCAUCGGCUUGAUCUCCGGCCCGCUGUCCUGGGAUUGAUUUCCCUCCUGUCCUUGAGAAGGAAACGGCUUGUAAAUUUGCAGAAGAGGUGGAUGUCAGAUAAAAUCCCAAGCCAUUGAUAAGAGCCAACGGCAGCGUGUUGGGAGAGGUGCCGUGCACUAGCCAAGCGCCCCUCGAGGGUGAUGCCCUGCUCCUCUGAGGCGCCUGGAGGGGUUUGCAAUUUGCAGCUGGCUUUUCCAGUUGGCUUUUUUUUAAGCUGGGGCUGUCUCAAUUCCCCUGUUAGAACAAGCCGAGGAGUUUCUAGCUGUCGUGAUGGUUCGGUGACUGCUUGAAACACGAGGGAGUUAAAAAAGGAGAGCAGUGGAGGCAAAACAGGUUGGGCUAUUUCUAGGGACCCUCAGUUCAUGACAGAGCCUGUAUUGUAGGUAGAGUCCAUGGCUUUUUCCUGGCAAUAAUUGUUUUGGACCCGGGAAGCUUUCAAAGGACAGUGUGCAGACACGUGUGCCGCCCUUCUAGCUGCCGGCUUUGUGGUCCCUGCUGCAUCUGUCCUCUCUUGGCACAUUGCACUGAGAAAAGGGACGUUAGACCCCCCCGGUAUCUUGUGCAGCGCUGCGGGGAUCUUCCACCUGGAUUUUGCCACUUCCUCAUAACAGUCUUUGCAGCGAUGCCCUGGGUGAUCUCCAGAUGUGCUCCCAGCUGUGCCAGCAGCAGAGUGAUGGUUGUGCCCUGCCUGGAGCAGUUGAUUGCAGCCAAGCAUUUAGAGAGGAAGGGGCGACUAGCACUAUCCCAGUGAUU